UCGUACGGAUUUGGUUCGCUUGCACCCGCUUUCGGACUUCGGCGAGGAAGGAGAGAGACUUGCGGACGGACCCCUGCCGGAGUUGGGCGUUUUCUCUUCGUGUGUUUGGCUGCUUUUCCCCCUGGUCUCUGACGACCCCCCAUCGUGACCCCUGCUAAGGAACCAAACCAUGAACUUGGGGCUGACGGGACCUCUUUAACCCUUUGCGACCAGGCAUCAGAUGCCAGCUCUGAAAAACUCUUCAAUACUGUUAUUGUAAACAAAGAUCCGGAGUUAGGCACACUACCCGAACAUGACAGCCAGGAUGCAGGGCCGAUUGUCCCCAAGAUAUCGGGUCUAGAGAGAAGCCAGGAGAAGAGCCAGGACUGUUGCAAAGAGCCGAUCUUUGAGCCUGUGGUGCUCAAAGACCCCUGCCCCCAGGUCCCCCAGCCGCUUUCUCAGGCCCAGGCGGAACCCCAAGUGCGAGCUCCUUCUCCGGACCCUGACUUGGUGCAGCGCACAGAGGCCCCGCCUCAGCCCCCACGACCAAGCACACAGCCACCACAAGGCCCCCCAGAGGCCCAACUCCAGCCCGCUCCACAGCCUCAGGUGCAGAGGCCACCCAGGCCACAGUCUCCCACGCAGCUGCUCCACCAGAAUCUCCCACCGGUGCAGGCCCAUCCCUCGUCUCAGAGCCUCUCCCAGCCACUGUCUGCUUACAACAGCAGUAGCUUAAGCCUCAACAGUUUAAGCAGUAGCAGAAGCAGCACCCCAGCGAAGACUCAACCUGCCCCGCCUCACAUCUCCCAUCACCCCUCAGCCUCCCCAUUCCCCCUCUCACUACCCAACCACAGCCCCCUACACAGCUUCACGCCCACCCUCCAGCCCCCCGCACACUCACAUCACCCCAAUAUGUUUGCCCCUCCCACUGCUUUGCCUCCUCCACCACCACUGACAUCAGGGAGUCUGCAGGUCCCCGGACACCCGGCGGGGAGCACCUACUCAGAGCAAGACAUCCUGCGACAGGAACUGAACACACGAUUUUUGGCCUCUCAGAGUGCUGACCGUGGGGCAUCCCUGGGCCCUCCGCCCUACCUGCGGACCGAGUUCCACCAGCACCAGCACCAGCACCAGCACACGCACCAGCACACGCACCAGCACACCUUCACGCCGUUCCCCCACGCCCUCCCGCCCACCGCCAUCAUGCCGACGCCAGCACCUCCCAUGGUGCGUACCCCAGGCAGAAAUUUUGACAAAUACCCUACAAAAGUUGACCCAUUCUACCGGCACAGUCUCUUCCAUUCCUAUCCUCCUGCAGUAUCGGGCAUCCCCCCUAUGAUUCCACCCACUGGCCCUUUUGGUUCACUACAAGGAGCAUUUCAGCCGAAGACAUCCAACCCUAUUGAUGUUGCUGCUCGGCCUGGGACAGUCCCUCACACACUGCUCCAGAAGGACCCAAGGUUGACAGAUCCUUUCAGACCUAUGUUAAGGAAACCAGGGAAGUGGUGUGCUAUGCAUGUUCACAUUGCCUGGCAGAUCUACCACCACCAACAGAAAGUCAAGAAACAGAUGCAGUCAGACCCACAUAAACUGGACUUUGGACUGAAGCCUGAGUUCCUGAGCCGGCCCCCAGGCCCCAGUCUCUUUGGAGCCAUCCACCACCCCCAUGACCUGGCACGGCCUUCAACUUUGUUCUCUGCUGCUGGUGCUGCACACCCAACUGGGACCCCCUUUGGGCCGCCUCCUCAUCACAGCAAUUUCCUUAACCCUGCUGCUCACCUAGAGCCUUUUAAUCGGCCGUCUACGUUCACGGGCCUCGCAGCAGUUGGCGGCAAUGCCUUCGGGGGACUUGGGAACCCUUCAGUUACACCCAACUCAAUGUUCGGCCACAAGGAUGGCCCCAGUGUGCAGAACUUUAGCAACCCUCACGAACCCUGGAACCGGCUGCACCGAACGCCUCCGUCGUUCCCGACCCCUCCGCCCUGGCUGAAGCCAGGGGAGCUGGAGCGUAGCGCGUCCGCUGCAGCUCAUGACAGAGAUAGAGAUGUAGAUAAACGAGACUCAUCUGUUAGUAAAGAUGACAAAGAAAGGGAAAGCGUUGAGAAAAGACACUCUAGCCACCCUUCACCAGCACCUCUCCUCCCGGUGGGCACCCUGGGACAUAACCGCAGCUCCGCUGAGCAGAUCAGGGGUCAUUUGAACACUGAGGCUCGAGAGAAAGACAAAUCCAAAGAGAGGGAGAGAGACCACUCGGAGUCCCGUAAAGACCUGACCGCCGAUGAGCACAAGGCGAAGGAGGGCCACCUGCCUGAGAAGGACGGCCACAGCCAUGAGGGCCGAUCCGUGGGGGAGGAGGCCAAGCAGCUGGCCCGGGUGCCAUCGCCCUACGUGCGGACCCCCGUAGUGGAGAGUGCCAGGCCCAACAGCACCUCGAGCCGUGAGGCAGAGCAGCGCAAGAACGAGCCAGCCUACGAGAACCCCAAGAAGAGCUCAGAGGUCAAAGUGAAGGAGGAGCGCAAGGAAGACCAUGACCUGCCUCCAGAGGCCCCCCCAAGCCACCGGCCCUCGGAGCCGCCGCCUCCAAACUCCUCGUCCGGUGUGCACCCAGGGCCCUUGGCUUCCAUGCCCAUGACGGUGGGGGUGACGGGCAUUCAUCCCAUGAACAGCAUCAGCAGUCUGGACAGGACUCGCAUGAUGACCCCUUUCAUGGGCAUCAGCCCCAUCCCAGGCGGAGAGCGCUUUCCAUAUCCUUCUUUCCACUGGGACCCCAUACGGGACCCUUUGAGGGACCCCUACCGAGAACUUGACAUUCAUCGGAGAGACCCACUGGGCAGGGACUUUCUGCUGAGGAACGACCCUCUCCACCGUCUCUCGACACCCCGGCUCUAUGAAGCCGAUCGCUCCUUCAGGGACAGGGAGCCUCACGAUUACCACCACCACCACCACCACCACCCCCCUCUGUCUGUGGACCCGCGGCGGGAGCACGAGCGAGGGGGUCACCUGGAUGAGCGGGAGCGCUUGCACAUGCUCAGAGAAGACUAUGAGCACACACGGCUCCAUUCGGUGCACCCUGCCUCCCUCGACGGACACCUGCCCCACCCCAGCCUCAUCACGCCGGGACUCCCCAGCAUGCACUAUCCCAGAAUCAGCCCCACCACGGGGCACCAGAACGGACUCCUCAACAAGACCCCUCCGACGGCAGCACUGAGCGCGCCUCCCCCACUCAUUUCUACACUGGGAGGGCGCCCUGUCUCUCCCAGAAGGACUACUCCUCUGUCCGCAGAGAUACGGGAGAGGCCUCCUUCUCACACCCUGAAGGAUAUUGAAGCUCGAUAAGGAAAAGAACAGGACACGAAGAGGAAACCCUACACCCACAUACCGGCAAGAAUGAGAAGAGCGAGCAUGAGAGAACUCCCAUAUCCCGCACAGACUGCCAGGGAGAAGCCCCGCUCCUCCCCUUGUAAAAAAUGUAUAGACUCGGUGCAGAUUUUGAAACGUUUUUGUAUAUUAUAAGUUGAAAUUUUUCAGGUCUUUUAGCCAAGUCAUAAGUUCUCAUGUCUCCUACUCUUUUAGUCUCUCGUAUAAAACUUUUCAAUUUGAACCAAAACAGUGAAUAUGACAACACGCACCAAUUUGGUGAUAGUGGGGAGGGCGGGGGAAGCCGCCACUCGGUCCGCCAUGCAGAGUUCUUUCAGAGGCGAAGGGAAGGCCGUGUAUAUAGUUAUGUAAAAAGAGAUUGCUUCAUGAGCUAAUGGUUCAUAUAUGCAAAGGGUAAGAUGAAAGCUUUACUUUGUACAAAUGUAAAUAGCUAAAGAUUAAGUAACAUAAUACAUUAAUACUUCUUAAAAUGUGCUAUUUGCAAACUUAAUAUCAGUGAACACAGCCUUCCACGGCUGUGUUCCCAUAUAUUGUUAUAGACAGCUAAACCCUUCAACUAUGCAAUGAAUGUUAGGGCUUUUCACAAAAGCCCGUCUAACUCAAAGGAGCCUUUUCAAAUCCAUUUACAACAUACUUAAGGUCAUAUUUUCCCUGAACAAGCGCUUACGUGAUAUGACUCUGUUUUCCUUGCUUGUUUUUUCAAACGGAGAAACAUCCGAUCUUGCAAAUUGGACCCCAGGCUGAAACUUUGCAUCUGAAGUUGCUGCUUGUGGGCUCUCGGG